AUGUCCAACAACGAAAAACCCUCCCAAGGCUCCCUUGCUGCCCAAGCCAGGCAGAUCACCCUCCAGGUAGGGGAGCGCCGGUUCGUCACUACUCGCAGCACACUCGAAUACGAGAGCCUCUUCUUCAAAACCCUACUAUCCGGACGGUGGGAUAACGCCCUUCCCGAUGGUUCAUAUUUUAUCGAUGCCGACCCCGAUUUAUUCGAGCAUAUCCUACGAUAUCUUCGCCGCAUGGUAUUCCCCGUAUUCUAUGACUCGAAUAAGGGACAUGACCACUCAAAAUAUCAUGCACUUCAUGAAGAAGCAAAGUAUUUCCAAGUUUUCAGGCUUGAAGAGUGGCUUGAGAACAAGGAGUAUUUAGAUGCUGUGAAAGUGGUGCACUCUUUUGAGGUGACAGAGGAUCCAUGUCAAGACAUACUGCCUGGAGAUAUGAGAGCGGAGUAUUACUUCGCGGGAAGUAUGACCAGAAAUGUAUAUGUGUGUCCCAGGGGAAUCCUUCUGCAUAGAGGCAAGCCCGAAAGGUGCGGUAUCAGAUGUGAGAACUUGAAAGCAAAGGGGUUUAAAGAUGUCUUUGAGGAAGAGCCGGUGACGAGAUUUCUGAUUGUGAAAAGAAGGACAGUAUUCGAUGGGAAGAAAUGUCUGAAUUACACACGGAUGUAA